UAUCAUAAUUUCAGAAAAUUUUAGAUCAAAUUGCAAACUAAGCCCUCUACGUUUUCUUUUUGAACACUUUAAUUCCAUUUUCUUUCAUCUCCUUUCUUUCUUCUUCUCCCUAGCCAAAAGAACUAAAUUGCUCACCUUCUGUGAAAAGAAUAGUAACGUUUUUACCUUUGGAAAAGAUAAACAGAAAAAAAAAAAAAGAACCCCAAAAGACACUAUGAGCAAGGCAGAAGAAGAGCCCAUUAGAGAGAUCAUGACCGACGAGGAGAUGAAUAAUUUGGCCACAGAAUUAGUCUCUUUGUUGGAAGAAUUGCCUGAAAACAUUUCUAACUAUCUUAAAGAACACUGUUCUUCUGGCGGUGGUCAAAUGGAUGGGGAACCGAUUGACAUUAAUGUGGAUGCUCUAAGUAAUGAAUCAUUAUACAAAUUGCGUAAACUUUUGGAUGAUUAUUUGCUGGAGAAGCAGGCAAAGCAAACAAAAGCUGAAUCCAGAGAAAAGGAGCUUCUUGAUGAGUCAGGGUUUAGCAAUUUAUCAAUCCAGUCAAGUAAAGGUAAUUUUACUGACAAAAUCAUGACGAAAACUGAUAUUUCUUCUUUUUCUUGCUAG